AUGACCUCUCCCCCCGCUCCCGCCCCCGACCACUGGUCCUCCGCCUCAUACACCCUCACCGCCCCCUUCGUCCCCCUCCUCACCACCCGCCUCACCGCCCUCCUCGCCCCCCUCCCCACCGACACAAUCCUCGACCUCGGCUGCGGCGACGGCGUCCUCACCGCCCAGCUCUCCCACCAAUGCAAACACAUCGUCGGCCUCGACGCCUCCCCGUCCAUGCUCGCCACCGCGCAGCAGCAGUACUCGACGAGCAACACGACCUACGAGCACCUCGACUGCCGCUACCUCAAAGCCUUCGCGCAGCGCCACGAGCAGCGCUACACCAAGAUCUUCUCCAACGCCGCCCUCCACUGGAUCCUCCGCGACCCGGAGACACGAGCGGAUGUGUUCCGCGGCGCGUUCGAGCUGUUGCAGCCCGGGGGUGUGUUUGUCGCGGAAACCGGCGCGCACGGUAACGUGGCGGAGGUGCACACGGCGCUCAUCAGCGCGCUGGUGCACCGCGGGGUUGAUGUUGGGGCGGCGGUUGCGGCGUCUCCGUGGUACUUCCCGACGGAGGAGGGGGUGCGGGCGUUGUUGGUUGGUGCCGGAUUUGCCGUUGAGGCUGUGGAGACGGAGUUGCGGCAGACGGUGCUGACGGAGGUGGAGGGCGGGGGCGUGGAGGGGUGGGUGAGGUUGUUUGGGGAGAGCUUUUUGAAGGCCGUGGGGGAGGGGGAGAGGGAGGCGGUGGUGAGGGAGGUUGUGAGGGUGUUGGAGGCGGUGGGGAGGAGGGAGGAGGGUGCGAUGGCGGUGAAUUAUGUGAGGUUGAGGUUUGUGGCGAGGAGGCCGGUUGAGUAG